AUGCCAACUGUUCCAAAGUCAAAUUCGUCAACGAAAUUUAAGAUGAAACGUGGCAAAAUCCUGAUGGCUCCUCUACCAACCUCGAUACCUUCCCGCUCCCGAUUUUCUCUGUUAUUCUCUUCAUUCCCCGAUCUUAACUUUUUCGGCCGCUUCUGCAAAUUUGACCGGCCGGAUCUCGGCGCCGACGGCCAAAUUGACGGCAAACAAACAACAGUCAAGAUUUGUGCCCAGGCUCUCUUUCUUUACGGCGUUUUGUGUUCCCCGGCUGCAAAAAUGCCGUCGCCUCAGAUCCUACCUAUCGCCCAGCCCCCUUCGUCGUCUUCAUUUUCCUCCGGGGGCUCCGCCGCCAAUUCGAUUAUGGCAACUACAUCUACUGCCAUAGACAUAAUUUUGCUUAAAGAAGACGAUGAACAAAGGACUGGAGUUCUUGUUUCUCCGUUGUUCGAGAAUGAUAAGACGAUAGCUCAUAAGCCCCUUCUUCCUAGGACUUCAAGCUAUGCCUCCUCCACAUCCAGUUCCUCCUCCGGAAGCAAUAUGUACAAGCAGAAACGGAGGCGAGUCAAGAGCGAAGACUUCCUGUCUUUUCUCUCGGGUGACGGCCGCCACCAGACCGUUGAUCAUGAUGUCGAGAAUGCCGAUGUUGAGAGAGCUGAGAGAUUUCUACUGACCCGCUUCGGUUUGAAGCUCUCGAAAUAUAUUCGGGUAGCAUUCAGAUGGAUUGCAAGAUUUCUGGCACUUGGUUGCUAUUCAUUGUUUCUCCUUCCAGGUUUUCUUCAAGUUGGAUACUAUUAUUUCUCAUCCAGUCAGAUACGCAGAAGUAUACCAUAUGGUGAUAAACCAAGGAAUAAGUUGGAUCUUUAUCUUCCAAAACAUAUUGACGGGCCAAAACCAGUUGUUGCAUUUAUCACUGGUGGGGCUUGGAUUAUUGGCUACAAAGCUUGGGGUUGUCUUCUAGGACAACAAUUAUCAGAAAGAGAUGUCAUUGUAGCAUGCAUCGAUUACAGAAAUUUUCCUCAGGGAACUAUGAGUGAUAUGAUCGAUGAUGCUUCCCAAGGUAUCUCGUUCUUGUGUAAUAACAUUAGAGAAUUUGGAGGCGAUCCAAACAGAAUUUAUCUAAUGGGUCAAUCAGCUGGCGCACACAUAGCUGCCUGCACACUUUUGGAGCACGCAAUGAAAGAGGUUCGCAAAGUAGAAAGUAUCUCUUGGAGUGUGUCCCAGAUCAAAGCUUAUUUUGGUUUGUCAGGAGGGUAUAAUUUGCUCAAUCUUUUAGACUACUUUCACUCUCGAGGUCUAUCUCGUUCUCUUUUUCUAAGCAUAAUGGAAGGAGAACAAUCCCUGAAACGAUUUUCACCCGAAGUGAUGAUCUUGGAAGAACCCAACAUAGGCGCAGCAGUCUCGAUUCUUCCUCCCGUCAUUUUGUUCCACGGAACAGCAGACUAUUCUAUUCCAUCAGAUGCUAGUAAAACUUUUGCUGAGACUCUUCAGAGCGUUGGAGUGAAAGCUGAAACAUUCUUCUACGAAGGAAAGACACAUACAGAUGUAUUUGUUCAGGAUCCGUUGAGGGGUGGGAGAGAUCAGAUGUUUGAAGAUCUUGUUGCGAUCAUCCAUGCCAAUGAUGCAGAAGCACUGGCAAAAGAUGCAGUGGCACCUCCAAGAAGACGCUUCGUACCCGAAUUUAUGUUGAUGUUGGCUCGUAGUGUUAGCCCCUUCUGACCAAUGUGCAUUAUUAUCAAUGCGUGCGAUCAAUUUACAUACCCAUGUUAUUAUAGUCUCGCAUUGAUCUUACUUGCAGUCCAUUUAUUGUAGGUGACAAAAGGGAGGAAAAUGAAUUUCGCAUACCCCGAUCUGGUAAGAUUUGUUGCAGAACUGUAAAUGUGAUUCUUUUGAUAGAUAAUGCUAACGAAAUAUAGUCUUAGUCAACCAGAAGUUUCUGUCUCUCUUUAGAACUCAAAAUUUCAUACUAAAAGCAAAAGAAACUGAAUUUAUUUCGUAA